GGACAAGUUGCUGCCAACUUGUCCUAAUAAUCUAAAUAACUUUAGGAUAAUUAUCUAACUCAAAAGUUCUUUAUAAAAGAAACACUGCCUAAAGUAAUUGACAUGUUUUUCAUAUUACAAAAUGAGCAGCUGAAAUCCAAUAAGAGUCACUGAAGGGCAGGAGCAGUAACCAGAAAGCAACAGACAUAACCCCAAUAGCAAGCAAACUUUUUUAGCCCAAUCUGCUGCAAGCCAUGUGCAAAAAGUGAUAUAAAAGCAAAAAAAAAAACUAUGCAGUCCCUCAAACCAAUCUUUUCUAUAUAAUCUUUACUUUUUAUCAGUUUCUAUUAUUUUGUGAUUUUAAAGGACUAAGUCCAGCUCUAAAGCUCUGAAGAUUCAGCAGGUUUUCUAUCUUGAUUACAGGUAACAUAUGGAUUAUUGUAAUACUAAAUAGUGAAGCCUGGCCUGCUAGAAUAACUGACUGAAGAAUGUCACAGGCAUUUUUCAGCUUGUUCUUCUUUUCUCAAAACCAAUAAUGAUUCAAGGAAUCUCUUGUGGUUGUCAAUAUAAUUGGAGACCGCAGGUUUGAGAAAAUAUAUUCAUUGAAUUGCUCAAUUAAGAAAUUGAGAUGGGUAUCACUGGAGAGAUGGUUAGAAGUGUCUUCUAUAGGAACAGGUCCUUUGGGACUCAAGUCAGCAGCCCUGCAAGAAGUAAUGUGACCGACAAGAAAAGAUGGAGUUCAGUCAGAUCAUACCUCUGCGGCAAUGAAUUUAAUUCAGUCCCUGCAGAGGAAGAUUCAACUUCAGUUAAGAGCUCGGAAGCCACAGUUACACAGCCUAUACCAGAAGGCUUAAGGGACCAAGGAGAAAACCAGAUUGAUGAGACCAAGCUAAAUAUACCAGAGGAAAAGCAUAACUCAAUUUCCAAACUUUUCCAUGAAGAAGAUGCAGCCAUGGUUAUUCAGUCAGCAUUUAGACACUUUCUGGCUGGGCGUCAAGAAACAGAAAUCAAAACAAAAGAUGAUAAACAGGAGCCUCUCACGGGGACCCAAAGUCCAAAUAGGGAGUCUAUUGGUACGUCAAUUGAAGUUCAAACUGGAAAUUCUAGGGAAGUUUUCUCAGUUCAAGAAGAAAGCAAGGCAGUACAUCAACGACUACAACAAAAACCAAGAGCUCAGGUUUUGAGGAUAAAGGAAGAUUGGGAUGAUAGCACAGUGAGUAGUAACAUAUCAAAAAUGAGGAUUCAGAACAAACUGGAAGCAAUGACUAGGCGUGAGAGAGCUCUGGCCUAUGCGUUUUCACAACAGCUGCGAAUCUGCUCUAAGAGAAAACAAGCAAAACCCGAUGGCACGGAACAGAAUAUGAGCUGGAGCUGGCUAGAACGGUGGAUGGCAACCCGAGUUCCAGAGAGCUCAUUAGGUGAACGCAAUACGAGCAAACAAUUUGAACCAGCGGACAAUAAUCGAAGAUUUGUUGUCAGGAAAGGAAUUGCAGAUGUAGCAGGUGAAGAGAAAGAAAGUUGCGGAUCUAAUGAAGUAUCUGUCCAGCUAGAAAGCUUAUCAGUGACAACUCCGAAGGAAAAAGAUGGCUACAGGCCAUCAAAGAACAGGCUUGAAGCUACAAGAAGCAUAUCGAGGAGGAAAACUGCACCAAGCUAUCAGCUAUCAAAAGAAUCUGGCAAGGUAAUCAAGAAAGAUGGUUCAGGUGAGAGUGUAAAAUAUAGAAGGCACAAGAGCAUGCUAUUAGGAGGCCAGAAGGAAAUCAAAUGCAACAAUGCUAACGAUCAACUGUCACUGGAUCCUUCAGCCUCUUGACCUGUGGAUUUUUAUUAUGCUAAGAGAAAAAUAAUUUAAUGCUAGUGCUAAGACAUAAUCUAUUUUAUAUGUGGCUUCCAUAAAAUGGUUGAAUUCCCUAAGAACCGUUAUGGUAUGUUGAUAAAGUAUGAUCUUUUAGUUUCAGUGAUCAUGACUUAAUCCUGGCCACCGCAAGUGCCAAAAUUGUUGACUCCCCCUGUAAAUAAUGUCACUAAACCAUUGUUUAAUCUGUAAAUUCCUUGAGCAUUAACUACUAAGUAUCAAACAAUGAAGGCUCCUUUUGUAACUGAGCUU